AUGACGAGUGAAACGAAUAAAGACGAAGCACCUCCACAAGAACUAUUCUUUCGUAUAUCCGGAACAGGUGAAGGACAUUGGGAGACUGAAAGGCCACAGCCAGCAAUAUCUAAACUUGUUGAACAAGGAAUUUUUCAUGGUGAAGUUCUUGAUAUAGGUUGCGGAAUUGGUGAUAAUGCAAUUUAUAUUGGAAAACAUACAAACAAUGUUUCCAUCACAGCUACCGAUCUAGUACCUAAAGCGAUUGAAGUAGCUCGUGAAAAAGCUCAAAAAGCUAAUGUUAAUAUUCGAUUCGAAGUUGUUGAUAUGAUUGCUGACCUUUCAGCAACAAAUUUAAAACAAAAUUCAUACGAUGUUAUACUUGAUGCAGCUGUGUUUCAUGUAUUUUCAAAUAAGGAUCGUUUAAUUUAUAUAAAAAAUCUUGAAUUUUUAAUCAAACCAAAUGGUUUAUAUAUUCAAUUGUGUUUUAGUGAAAAAGAAACACGUGAAGGUGGUCCACGUCGUAUAAAAAAAUCAGAUUUAUAUGAAUUAUUUUCAUCACAAAAUGGUUGGACGAUUGAAUCGAUUGAAGAUGCUAUUUACGAAUCGACAAGUGCUGGCCCAUUAGGAUUAGAUGGUCGAGCUUAUCUUUCAUUGAUUCGACGUCAUAAAAGUGUUUGA